AUGGAAACUCCACUGCUUUGUUUGCUGCUGCUACUCACAAGUCAGAUCCCAGGAGAGACACACACACUGAGGCGACAGCAGCACAACAUCCUGCACCUGGAUUGGCCGACAGACUGUGGGACGCCUCACUUCAAACCAAACAUGGCCGAAAGAAUCGUGUCGGGAAACGAGGCACGACCGCACUCCUGGCCCUGGCAGGUCUCACUGCAGGUUCGUCCUCGUGGGAGCAAACACUACAUCCACGUGUGCGGAGGAACUCUGGUCCAUAAGAACUGGGUCCUGACUGCAGCGCACUGCUUCCAGAAGGGGAAGGCGGAGGAGGCCAGCAGCUGGAGGAUCGUGGUGGGCAAACACAGACUGAGAAGAUCAGAAACAGCAGAGCGAGUGUUUCCAGUGAAGAGGAUUUAUCGACAUGAAAACUUCCGCUACCCGAGCCACAGCGAGCUGGACUUUGACAUUGCUCUAGUCCGAGCCGCCUCAGACAUCCUGCCCUCACAGUACAUACGCUACGCCUGCCUGCCGCGCAAGACCACCAGCCUCAGGCCAGGGCACUACUGCUGGGUCACAGGCUGGGGGGACACCAGAGGGGGUAAGGAGAAUGUGUCUCUGGCUGAGUCUCUGAAUCAGGCUCGUCUCCCAAUCAUCGACUUUAAAACGUGUCGACAGAAGAAGUUCUGGGGCGACCGCGUCCGCGACUCUAUGAUCUGUGCGGGGUUCAGGGACACAGAGGACCCUCCAGCAGCCUGCCAGGGGGACUCAGGCGGCCCCCUCCUCUGCCAGUUGGACCGUGAGCGCUGGGAGGUGCAUGGUGUGGUGAGCUUUGGCCCCAUCGGCUGCACAGUGGAAAACAAGCCCAGUGUCUUCACCAGGACCAGGACCUACAUCCCCUGGAUCGAGGCCACCAGGAUCCGGGACUUCUUCCUCCACUGA